AUGGAACCCGUCAAUACAACUCCUUUAAUAUCAGCAGCAAAGCGAGGAUGCGUGAAGAUAAUGAAGAUGAUUAUUGAUACCUGUGCUAGUAUGGACGAUAGGGAAGUUUUAGUGCUCACAGUCAACGAGAAUUGUUUUCAGCAAGAACACAGCGCUCUGCGUCACAUGUGCAAAACGUACAAUUGGCCAUCUGAUCAAAAGGGAUGCAAUCAAUACCUUGCUGGGGCCAAGUUGCUGCUACGGUAUGGAGCUUUUAGUGCCUGGAAUAGGUCGGAGAUUUACGCUUUGAAGCUUGUUUGUAAAUCGGUUUCAAUAAUUACCAUCUACAGCAUUCGGCUUCAGUGCGGUAUUAUCCGUGUGUUGAUCGAAUAUACUUACUUAAGUGGCGAGGAUGGUGAGAUAGAGGACAGUCCGAUAAACGAGCAUGGCUCGGACUCGGAUUAUGACUGGGAUGAUCAUUAUAACUCGGCAGAUGCAAAGGAAUUCCAAGCCAACUCACACAAAAUCUCCGCAUCUCGGAAAUUCUUGAAAACUGUCGAGCAUUACAUUCUCAACGUGUUCGCCACAACGCCUCUCGCUCGCCCUCUAGGGUCUGGGAACUCUGACGUCUUCAUAGACAGAGAAACUAACACAGCGAUAAAAAUUCGUCUCGAUUUGGGAGUGGCGCCUCCGGUAGACCCUAAUACCAGUUCCAAUUCCGACUCGGUGGAAGAUGAGAGCAGGCAGGUCUUCGAAAUGCUGCAAGAAACCUUUGAAGCACUUGUGAAAACUAUGAAAAGUUAA